AAAGGUAUUCGUAGUGGCUGAACUUGAUAGUAAUAAUGGGCCAUUCCAUAGUGUAGUUCAGCUGACUUCGUAUAGUGAGUUCCGAGUAAAGAGUAGUAGUACGGCCGGUAUUAAGGUAGGCGGACGUUUCAUAGCUAUGCCAACCGGUUGGAAAAAAUUUUCUUCGGUUUAGGCUCGAGUGCGACGAUGAAAAUUAGUGUUUCCGACGAAAUUCAGUGAUCAAUCGAAAAAACGAACGGUAUCAAAGUGGCGACCAAUCCGGGAAGUCGAUCUCGCAAGGAAAAUAUGCUCAAAUUUCUAACACACAAAUUAAGAACUCAUUCGAUUAAUGAGGAUAAUUACGUAGGAAAGGCCGACGAAGACCACGACUCCGGUACGGAAUCCGAUGAAGAAAUCGACGCUACAAUUUCAGCUCAGACAUCAACGUCGGAACGCAUUUGUACCGUAUCCCCGGCGGAUACGGGAUGUUCCAUGGAGAGCCCAGCGCCAGAUCAACAAGACGCCCACAGCUCCGAGGAGGAGCUGGAGGUCAUUAAUAGCAACAGCAAAUUGAGGCGGGCGGUUGCUCACACUCGGCCUCUUAGAGCCGCCUCGGUUUGUCUCGCAGAGAAAAGGAAAUGGUCGCAAAUCGGUGACGCUCAAAACCGAAGGUAUACGCCUGAAAAUGAAGAGAAUAUAUCUCAUUACAGUAAUUUAUCUCCUUCGCCUUGUUCUCCCUAUCACUUAAAAUGCUGUAACAAUCACGAGGAGGGAGUUCAUCUCGAACAUUCUGGUUCUUCAGAUGAGGAGGUUCACAAUUUCUUAAUAACGAGGACGGCUCCUGUACAAUUUCGCACGUCCCCGCCAUUGGAGGCGGUCAAACCAGAACGAAGAUCUGUCGCGAAUAAAGGGAGAUCUAUGAGCCCUCCCGCUAAACUCUUCCACUACGAGGAUUCGCCUAGGAAACGAUCUAAACAUAUGAAACACACUCAGAGGCCGUCACUCGAUUUUGAAAAAAUGCAACAGAUGAAAACUAGAUCAGUAACGGCCUGGCACCAGCCCGCCGAUCAUUCGGGCGAAUUAACAGUUUAUUGUUGGUGAGACCAGCUCAAAGGGCGAUCACCGUCGCCCUGCGGCUCGAGCAAAUCUCCUAAGGAGGGCAGCAGUCCUUCGCCGUCAUCUUGGCCAGAUAAUUCUUCGUAGUCUGCUGAUGUCGACUUACUGCAUAACCAAAACUAAAAUGACUAAAAAACUAAAAACGAUCACUGAUUUAAAAGAACGGUGAUUGGAAAUUGUCAUAUAAGAAUGUUUAAAUUUGGCGUUUUUGGCCGGGGGCCCUCCGGAAGGGCCUCUGAGAUACCGACUCUACCGAAUAUUUGGUAAAUGUCUCGCAGGAGAUGUUACUUCAAAUCCAGCAUCGAAACCUUAUAGUUUUAUACUUUUUUACUAGCUGAUAAAUAGAAAGCAAUUUUUCAAAAGGCACGUUCUAAAUAUUCAGGAAAAGCUGCGUACGCUAUUUGAUUGGAUUUAUUUUUCUAUUUAUCGAAGGAAGCGGCCCUGGAACGUCUGGAAGUUUUCGGUUAUUCCAAAUUUUUGCAAACGGGGCUGCCCAUCAAAAAUUUAAGUAAGAAACAUAUUUUUAUAUAAAAUUACUGAUUAGGACGCGGAAACGUUGUGAAUAAGGAUUUUGAACGUUUAAAUAUCAACAAGUCGGUGAAAAAAUGUUAAAAACAGUUAAUUUGUGAUGUUCGCUGCCCAAAAAAGGAUGGGACCUAUAACAGUGACAUCAGAACUCGUUAUAUACUUUUAAAAUAUUCAAUUUUAAAUGAUUUUUAAAUAAAAACUGUGAAUAUAUAUUUAUGUUUAAAAAAAUGGAUCUCGAUAUUUUCUAUUAUUAGUUUUAUUUCGUUUGUAAUUGCAUCAAUUUUAACAAUGAAGGAUUUUUGACAGGACUAAUACUUUAAUAAUUAUCAAAUUAACCCUUGUAGUGCUAGCACGAGUGGAUUUAAUUGGCCGCAUUUCGCCAAAUGCAGAAAAUUUAAAAAACGGGUAGUUUUACGAGCGGUUUUUUAUUAACUCUAAAAGCAAAUCGGUUCUUAUCAUAGAGCCAAAUAUUUAACGAAACUGCCCAAAAAACUGCCCUUUGGCAUUUUCCUAAUUUUCUAAUCGCUUUUGUCGACUUAAUCAAAAUAAUAAGUGUAGACAUAAAAUUAAUGUGAACCGUUGUAAAACAUGUAGAAAACAAAUCCGAAUGAUGUAAUAAGGACUUUUUAAUGAAUUAAAGACUUUUUU